GGUCCCUGCAGAGCUGGUCUGAGCCCUUGGGAGUUUCAGCCAUACAGGCUGUACAGGAGUACAACCUUGGAACACCAGCAAAUAUGACGAUGAUGAUGAAAGUAGAAGAGCUGGUAACUGGGAAGAAAGUGGACGAUAAAGAGACUGGCAGCUUCCUCCCUGAGGACUUCAAAAAUGGGGAGUAUGAAGCUGCUGUGAGAUUAGAGAAGCAGGAUGACCUAAAGACAGUCUCUGAGCACUCACUGACCCGAGGUGAUCUGGCUUACAAGAAGGAGAAAAACCUAGAAGCAGAGCUGAAGAAGAAGAAAUUAGAGGCAAGGACAAAACUUGAAAACUUGGAGGAUCUUGAAAAAAUUAUUCAGCUGAAGAAGAAGAAAAAAUGCAAGAAAGUGAAAGUGCCUGUUUUAAAGGAACCUGAACCAGAAGUUAUUACAGGACCCGUGGAUAUACCCACGUUCUUUAAAGCUGCGCUGGAGAAUAAGUUGCCAGUAAUUGAAAAAUACCUGUCAGAAAAAGGGGAUCCAAAUGUCUGCGAUGAGUACAAGCGCACUGCAUUGCACAGGGCAUGCUCUGAAGGACAUCUAGAGGUGGUGAAAAAGUUGGUGGAAGCUGGAGCCCGGCUUGAACAGAAAGACAUGCUUCAAUCUACAGCUCUGCACUGGGCAUGCCGGGGAGGUAGUUUAGAUGUUCUGAAAUUCUUACUGGACAAAGGGAUAAACAUAAAUGCAAGAGACAAGCUGCUCAGCACCCCUUUGCACGUGGCAGUGAGAACAGGGCGAUAUGACUGUGGGGAGCACCUCAUUGCCUGUGAAGCCGAUCUCAACGCCAGAGACAGAGAAGGAGACACUCCCAUGCACGACGCCGUGAGGCUGAACCGCUACAAAAUGAUCCGGCUUCUGAUUCUGCACGGAGCAGAUUUAACUCUAAAGAACUGCCAAGGGAAAACCCCCAUGGAUCUUGUUCUUCAGUGGCAGAAUGGCACCAAAGAGAUAUUCAACAGCCUGAAAGACAAUUCCAAAAAGAGUGUCCAUCCAGGCAAAUUCUGAAGAGAGAAACCAGACCACUCUCUUUUUGCUGCUUUGAAAUGCUUCACACAAACCUGGAUGAAAAUGGCCUUGAACAUAGUAUUUCUAUUGAAAAUA